AUGUAUCAUACUCCAGAGGGGGUUGUCCGCGCUGUUCUAUCCUUACGUGAAUCGGAUCGGUCAUAUUCCUGGUCCGCUGAUCUAGAUAUAUUCGAAGUCAUGAAACAAUCUCGAUACGUGCGCGAUCGAUUGACUGGUUUGGUCCCUACAACGGAACAGUUUGAAUCUAUAUUCAAUCCCACGGGGAUUUGUAUCCCACCUUCCGGUUCACCGUCUCGUCCACGGUCCCAGUCCAUCUUGUUGGACGGUCAUAACGGUAUUAAUCGGCGCAGCGUAGUGAUUCAACAUAUUGCUGAUGGCAGAAAUAAUGAUAUAUUACAUCAUUUAAAAUCAAAAUUAAAUUCCCACUUGAGCAACGGUCUUCCAGAACAGAUGGAUGUGAUCGACGGCCGCAUAGCUGUCAAGCAACUGGAUUUCGCGAACAUUUUGGUAAAAAACAAACGACCUAGAAGCGUCAGUGGGUUACAACCUCUUGAGUCAGCCAAAAGACGUCGAGUGGAAGACAACGGUAUACAAGAUGGGAGCUCCCCAAUAAAACCACUAAAUGGACCAAUGCGAGGAAACUCUCCUGUAAACGCAUUUCCAUUUCUGGGUGCCGAGUUACUCACACAGUUGGAGAAAGAACUAGCCGACGUCGGUCCUUUGCAUGUGGCACGUAAGGUUCCAUCUCCUGAACAUCCGCUCACUCUGGUUGAGUGUUUACAAUUGCAACUGUUUGGUAGUUUAUCCAUAUGGAAUCUUCCCCGAUUGUACAUAUCCCGUCUGCCCAUCCACAGGUUACUCUGUUCGUGUUCCGCUGUGAUUGCCAAACCUCCCAGGCCCUCUGCGCCGUCCCUUCAGUCCAAUUCUUCCCUUGCGGUCCACACUUGUCAGGCCGAUCAACCCGAACACUGUAUAUCUCCCUAUCAUAUAACCACCCAAUUAUCACCACCAUCAUGUCUUUCUUGUGCGGUUAAUUUGUUGUAUCGCUUCACCGAGCGUUCUCGGUGGCUGUCCGUAACCCAGUCUCUGCCUGCCAGUCAUGGUUUUCUCAAUCAUUGUGCUCCUCCGGAUCUUACCGGGCUCACCCCAUGCGGUCGUCUGUUUCUCGACUCAGGUAAAUCGAUUGCCGUUGACUAA